ACUUUUGCAAACCAGGAUGGCAUGGCAGCCGCGGGUAUUGCUAUUUAUUCAAAGAUGAUGAUCUGCGAACGUUCGAAGAAGCGAAAAGAAAGUGCGCUGCAGAGAAUGCCGUUCUUGCCAAAGUUGGCUUCACCAAUCCUUCCUUCCGGUCUUUUAUGAAAAGAAUUUGUUCAGAUUGUCGUUCAAUGUACGUUGGUGCGGAGAAGGUAUAUAUGAUUCAUUUGUGGUAGUCUCGAUGUGCCUAACAGGUUUUGUAAUUACUGACCGCGCAAUUGAUGUAGUAUUUAAAACACGAGAAGGAGUGUUUUAUAUUUAUUUAAAAUACUCAUUAAAAAAUUCAUAAAUCUUGUAGCAAAACAUGUCAGCCAUAACAUGUCACGUGCAGUGACUUUAUAUCUGAUAAAAGUCAUCUUCAUUAGUGUUCUUUAUAUAAUUGUUCAUUCUAAUUAGUAUGAUUAUAUAAUUGUUCAUCCUAAUUAGUAUUCUUUUGUUGUCGUAUUUUAAGCUAUUCAAAACACUCGAACUUGCGUUUUAUCACAUCUAUAAAACGCUCGCCCGCGCCUCGCGUUUUAAAUAAAUAUAAUAUACGUGUUUCUCCAUUCCACGGUUUGGUAAUAACUUAUCCCAUAUUUGUUGAAAGCGGCUUUCUAAUUUGCUACCUGCGUUUCGUUAUUACGACUAGGUUUGACAUGUUACAAAAGUUAAAAUACCAGUUUUACAGGCCGCGCAUGGUUCAUGAAAUUUAACAUGAUUUUCCAAUCGAAUCGAAUUCUUUCAUUUGGAACUUGAUUAACCAAGAGCUAAGGAUGUCAUGCCAGAAAACAUGCAAUUGGGAAAAUUAUUUGUAAUAACGUGAUUGUUAAAGAUCUACAGUAUAAGAGCUGGUUAUAUGAGGGUAAAUAUCAAGAUUUUUGUGGCAUCUCACUCGAAUAAAUAAUAUUUUACGGGUAUUGUAGACGAAAUUGACAAGUGGAAAUUUAUAUACAUCUAUGCAUGUUUACACCUAUAUUAGGGAUGUAUUAUUAACUUUUUUGGCAGAAAUUACACGUUUUCUAUCCAAUAUCAAGCGAUCAUAAUAUCUAUCUCCUCUGCAGGCGUGCCUGCAUGCGGGCGACAAAAUCAGGGAGUGUACACGCGGGCCGGACUGACAAUUCAAACCUGCAAACAGGCGUACUUUGCUUUACGAAAUUAUAGAAUCAUUGCUGCCUAUGGAAUCAUUGCUGCCUCUGGAGAAGUCUGCCUACAUAUUAAAUCAAAUAUUACAAUCAAUUUAGAAUGGUAACAAAUGGAGUUGGUUGGAUGAUGACACGGAUAUGAUUGGAACUCUAUGGGGAGCUGCUGAACCUCGAACAGAGAACAGCUGUGCAGAAUAUAACACAGAAUUACAUGUCUUAACAAC